CCCUGACGGUACCCCGACGCCCCGGCCUGGCGGCCGACGGGCUCAUCAAGUCGCCCAAGCCCCUGAUGAAGAAGCAGGCGGUGAAGCGGCAUCACCACAAGCACAACCUGCGGCACCGCUACGAGUUCCUGGAGACCCUGGGCAAGGGCACCUACGGGAAGGUGAAGAAGGCGCGGGAGAGCUCGGGGCGCUUGGUGGCAAUCAAGUCCAUCCGGAAAGACAGAAUCAGAGAUGAGCAGGACCUGAGGCACAUUCGGCGGGAGAUUGAGAUCAUGUCGUCGCUCAACCACCCCCACAUCAUCGCCAUCCACGAAGUGUUUGAAAACAGCAGCAAGAUUGUCAUCGUCAUGGAGUAUGCCAGCCGUGGGGACCUGUACGACUACAUCAGCGAGCGGCAGCGGCUCAGGGAGCGGGACGCCCGCCACUUCUUCCGGCAGAUCGUCUCCGCCGUGUCCUACUGCCACCAAAACGGGGUUGUCCACCGAGAUCUCAAACUGGAGAAUAUCCUGUUGGAUGCCAAUGGGAAUAUCAAGAUCGCCGACUUUGGCCUCUCCAACCAAUACCACCAAGGCAAAUUCCUGCAGACGUUCUGCGGGAGCCCCCUCUACGCCUCGCCGGAGAUCGUCAACGGGAAGCCCUACACGGGCCCCGAGGUGGACAGCUGGUCCCUGGGUGUCCUCCUUUACAUCUUGGUGCACGGCACCAUGCCCUUCGACGGGAAUGACCACAAGACACUGGUGAAGCAGAUCAGCAGCGGGGCCUACCGUGAGCCGCCGAAGCCCUCGGACGCCUGUGGCCUGAUCCGGUGGCUGCUCAUGGUGAACCCCAGCCGCCGGGCGACGCUGGAGGAUGUGGCCAGUCACUGGUGGGUCAACUGGGGCUACGCCACUCGUGUGGGAGAGCAGGAGGCCCCGCAGGAGGGCGGGCAGCCCAGCAAUGACUCUACCCGGGCCACCAUGGCCGAUUGGCUGCGGCGCUCUUCCCGGCCCCUCCUGGAGAAUGGGGCCAAGGUCUGCAGCUUCUUCAAGCAACAUGUGCCUGGGGGAGGGGCCGCUGGGCCCAGCCUUGAGCGGCAGCAUUCCCUGAAGAAGUCCCGCAAGGAGAAUGACAUGGCCCAGUCUCGCUUGGGGGACUUGGCCAACGGCCCCACCCCACACCCCAGCAAGGGGGACCUCAAACUGCCAAAGGGCAUCCUCAAGAACAAGCCUUCGAACUUGGCAGCGGGGGCCCAGGGGGAGCCCUGUGAGCCCAGCCCCGUCCUGGCCAGCCCCGGGCAGGCCGUCCCCCUGCCGCCCCGGAAGGGCAUUCUCAAGAAGACCGGGCAGCGGGAGUCGGGCUACUACUCCUCGCCUGAACCCAGUGAGUCCGGGGAGCUCCUGGACUCGGGCGACGUGUUUGUGAGUGGUGACCCCGUGGAGCAGAAAGCCCCCCCUGCCUCGGAGCUGCUGCAGCAGCGCAAGGGCAUCCUGAAACGCAAUGGCAGGUUCUCCCGCAUGGCCUCCGAGCUCACCGCCCCCGCUGCCUUCGGCUCCUUGGACCAGCUGGCCUCACCAGACCCUCCAGCCAGGGCCAACCGCCCCUCGGGGGCUGUGAGUGAAGACAGCAUCCUGUCCUCCGAGUCCUUUGACGAGCUGGCCUUGCCUGACCGUCUCCCGGAGCACCCCUUGAGGGGCUGUGUGUCUGUGGACAGCCUCAUGGGUCUGGGGGGCCCCUCAGAGGGCCCCGUCAGCCGCCUGAGACACUGGCGGCUGGACCCCCUAGGGGAGAGCUGCUUUUCCCUGACGGACUGCCAGGAGGUGACCGAGGUCUACCGACAAGCCCGAGGGGUCUGCUCCAAGCUCAGCUGAGGGGUGGGGUGGGGUGGGGGCAGUGGCCCCACUAGGGCAGGCUUUCCAAUACAGCUGGCUGCACCCCAGGGGAAGAGUGUCUUCCCCCCAGGUUUGAGGACCAGGAUCCCAGCCCGGAAGGUUGGGAGCAUUUGUGAUAGGGCCCCGGAGGGGGCUGGACGUGGGAAAUGGGCAGGUGAAGUGUGUGGAGGGUCUGAUGUCUGAGGAAGAGGAGUGGGGUGGGGAGGUUCCCCACCCUCGGAGCCCAAGCUGCCCCCCUUCCCCCGGUUUCUUGUAGGCCAGGGCUACCGAGACAGGCAGAGCUGUCUCCUCCAGGGCAAUGAGUCCCUUGUGUGCCUGGUGCCCUCCCCCAGGGCAGCUGCUUCCCUCCUCAGCCCAUCACAGUGGGGUGGGGUGGCCUUGGACACACACCCUUCUCAGCUAACCACCAGGAUCGGACUGUGGUCCCUGCUAACAUGCCUGGGGCUUCCUAGUGUCCUGGGAAGGGACUCUGGGAGGAAGCCCCGAUCUCUCAGGAGUAAGCGAACAUAACCUCUUAUCUCCUCAAAAGGUUCUCCCCACUUUCCCAUCCUCCCAACCUGGCCCAGGCCUCCUGGGGUCGCUGCUACGAAUCCAAAAGACUUGAAAAGGCUCAGGCCGCUGCACGGACUUCUCAAGGGAGCCAGGCUCCUCCAGGCCCCACCUUGGACCUCAAAGACACCCACCUCCCGCCAAGCUGCUCCAGAUACUGAGAACGGGUGUGUCUGUCUCUCUGGGCUCUGGGGACCUGGAAUGUCCUUAUUUAUUUCUACAUUCUCAACACUGUGGUUUUGUUGUUAUUUUUAAAGGAAUCUGGCUGUUUUCAAUAAUGUGAAUGUCUUGUACUAAAGAACUCCACUAGGACUUGUAAGGCUUGUGUAUAGAGAGGUAUUUUUUCAAUGUUGCCCCACUAAUGAUGCGGGGGUGGGGAGGGUUGGAGGGACUGCCUCUCUAGAGGGUCCCUUCCCCCUCCUGUGGCCAGAAAGAACCACCCCAUUAAAAACAGAAUGGUGACUGCAAA